AUGCAGGAGCAGCAGCCACAAACGGCCGCUUUCUUCAUUCGCAGUUUAGACCACCCCCAAGGCCAGCUAUUUUACAUGGCCAAACCAGAGGAUGUCUCGUCCGCGCCUCCCGUGGUGAUUAGACGGCCUCCCUUGCCCGAAGUGCGGCAGAUCUCUCUGCAGAUGCUGGUUCCGUGUGUCUUCUUUGUCCAAUACCCCUGCCGACAGAAAUGCCGCAGUCUUGGGAUCUGCGUGCACUACCAGUUCGUGAUCGGGUGUCGAAAGUGUCCCGAUGGCCUGAGGUGUCCGGAUUGUGUACAGAGCAAAGUCGAAGAGGCGAUCCAAGCAAACCGCAAGUGCCCAAUCCAUCAAGACCCCGCGCAGGCGAAUCCCAUCAACAACCGACCCGAAGACUUUCUGGCCAACGACAGCCAGAAAGAAGUGUGCGACCAAGUAUUGCAGCGAUCUUUGGCCUGCCAGUGGGACGACAUCCCAACGAUCCCGACCACGAGGACUACCGAGGAAGAUCAGUGGGAGAUCCACCGUGGUGACUUUGAUCGCGAAAGCACGCCCAAGGAUAUGCAGGAUGUCAGGAUGUUGGAGACACUGGAUGGAGAUGAUGCGACGGCCGAGCAGAAUCCAUUCCAGAUGGCCAUGACCACCGACCUGUCUACAUUCUUUGGUGGUCCGAACGGAGUGCAAGUCGAUAUGUCGCAGGUAUUUCAAUAG